GCGCGUCUAUGUCUCGACCGUGAUCAUACGCGCGCUCUGCCUUCAACACAAUAAAUACUUCCCUCAGACGCCCGCACACCCUCACGAUGUCAAAGACCACAAUAGCUAUAAUAGCCGCCGUCAGCGCAGCAACUGGUGCAGGGCUCACGGCAGCAAUGUACUCCACCCGCUCCGAGAAAAAAAUCCAAGCCGCACAGUCUUCCACUUCGGUAUCAGCAACAUCAACAACCUCUGUCCCCGCACCCAUACCCGGGCCUCUCCCUCUCUCAGCAAAAGACAUAAUCCCGCCAGUCGACCCAGCAGGACUCUUCCAAUACGGCUUCCCCGGUCCCAUCGCCGACCUCGCAACCCGACCCGCACUCGUCUCCUCCUUCGACCGACGCCUGCGCAACCCCUCCUGGGUAGCAGAGCACAUCACCCCCGCGUCGCUUGCCUCUCCAGAUGGAGACCGCAAGCACUCCGUCUUCCUCGAGGACCCCUCCGUCCCUGAAAAGUUCCGCGGCAAGCUAAAAGACUAUUUCCGCUCUGGCUACGACAGAGGCCACCAAGUGCCAGCCGCAGACGCAAAAUGGAGCCAGGCGGCAAUGAACGAUACUUUCUUCCUUACAAAUAUGUGUCCGCAGGUUGGAGAGGGCUUUAAUCGCGAUUACUGGGCGCAUUUCGAGGAUUUUUGCAGACGGUUGACGCAGAAGUACCCCUCUGUUCGGAUCGUUACUGGGCCUUUAUACCUCCCUAAGCGCGACCAGGUAGACGGGAAGUGGAGAGUUUCGUACGAGGUUAUCGGAAACCCCCCAAAUAUCGCGGUCCCGACACACUUCUACAAGGUUAUCUUUGCGGAAGAUGGGACGACAACGGGACCGGUGGCCGUAGGGGCCUUCGUGCUGCCGAACGCGGCGAUCCCGAACCAGAAACCGAUUACGGAUUUCGAAGUUCCUGUGGAGGCGGUGGAGAGGGCGAGCGGACUGGAGUUUGCGACGAAGUUGCCGGUGCAGAGGAGAAAGAGGCUCUGUGCGGAUACGGUGUGCGCUUUGGUCAUUAGGGAAUAUGCGGACAGGCAGAAGGCUUUCUUGAAGCCUGAGGAAGGAGAGAAGAAGGAGAAGGUUCCUGGUGUGCCGACUAGGACGAGUCCGAGGAAUGCGAAUUUGUGAAGUGAUAGAGGGGAUGGGUGGAGCGAAGUGUAGGAUUUAGAGAGGAGGAUAAGCUCGCGAGAGUUGUAUUGUAUUGAAUUGCAUUGUAGAGGUUGCAUUUGGGCGGUAGCGUUGCAUUGAAAUCGUAGCAUGGCGUUUCGAUUGUUGAUUUGAGGGUUGACCUCGCUGCAUCAGGAUUGCAAGACUUGUAUACAAAUAGAGAUAGCCAAUGAAGAGAGAAGACACUGGUG